CGGGUGGUUUCCGGUGAUACACUGUGACUUUCACCACAACUGAAGUAAAGGUCACUCUUAUCUGGGUUGCUGUAGUCUCUAAGGUGAUUCUCAGAAUGCUUGCUGCAGAUUUUCUUGUAUUCAGCUCCAUUCUAUCAGCUGCUUGGUGUCAGUUAAUCAUGAAAGCAUUGUACCCCAAAACCCUAAAAGCCACCAGCGGCUCCUGCCUUGUGAUUCCCUGCCAAUUCAACAUUUCAAAGGAGAAUGAAGUAUUUCUUAACCGUUCACCAGUAGCAACAUGGAUACGAGGAUCUCUGUGGUCACUCUAUGAUACAGAUCGUUUUACAAACGCUCACCGUCAGCUGGAACCUCAGAUGAAGAUGGUGGGGGACCUACGAAAGAAAAACUGCACUUCUGUCAUGAUGAAUCUCACCAGCCCGCAUUCAGAUCGCUACUACUUCAGGCUUCAAUCUGAGGGCUUUGAUGUGAGGGCAUCAAUAUCUGUGCAGAUAAAUGUGUCAGAUUCCUUGGCUGAGCCGCGUGUGAUUAUGCCGGUACUCAGGGAGGGUGAGGUGGGGAAUCUGACUUGCACUGUUCCAGCCCCUUGCCCCAGUGCCACUCCAAAUGUAACAUGGGAUCCUGCAUUAGGUGGUAACAUAACACAAUGGACACAGCUGAAUGCUGACGGGACACAGAGUGUUCAGAGCAUUUUGAACUUCAUCCCAUCAUUCCGUCAUCAUGACCUGAAAGUGAACUGUGUUUCCACCCAUCUGCGAGAUAGAGAGGACAAACCCCUGCUGAGCCACAAGACCGUCAUCCUCAAUGUGGAGUAUCCUCCUAAGGAUACACAGAUCUCUCUUACAGGCUCAGUCUGGCUUGGUAAUAAUUUAACCCUCACCUGUCAAAGUAAUGCCAACCCUCCAGCGGCCCACAGGUGGUUCAUGAAGAAGGAAGGUAUAGUGGAAGAAGUGGGUUCCUCACGUGUGCUUUCCUUUAUUGUGGCUCAUGAGAAAAGUGGGGAAUACAUUUGUGAGGCACAGAACACACAUGGUGCAGUGAACUCCACAAUCCUACAGAUCAAUGCCCCAGGCAUAUCAUUCACUGCUUUCCUCACAGUUUUGGUACUGUUCUCAUUGCUUAUAUUUGCACUUCCUAUUCUGAUUUACAGAAGGUGCAAAAAACCAAACAGAAGUGAAACAAAGCAAGAUGAGGACAUUUACACCAAUGUGUCUUCAAGUACAGAGAAAAGCCAUCAGCUUCAGUCAAAGGCAUGUGGAGAUAAGGCCAUCUACACCAUUAACCCUGAACGCACAUUCAAAAAGAAUCUCUCCAAUGAAGACAUCUAUGCAAACUGUUGAAGUGAGAAGUGGAACAUUUUAAACAACCUUUCAUGGAUCACCACUGAACAAUUAGUCUACUUUCUGUAUGCCAGUAGUGAUCAUUUUAAUAAGCUUCAGCAUAUGUAAACUUCACAUCUAUAUAGUUGCUACUUCUUUUCUCCUUUUAAAGAAUAAAAACUCUCCAAUAAUUCAACACUGAAUCUACAUUUUACUACCUGUAUGUUUUUUAUUUUUGUGUGAUAGAGUUCACUUUGCUCAAUUAAAGAAGUUAAAGUAAUCAUGAAAUCAAAAUUAUUAUUUUUUUUUAAAUUUUAAAUGGAAUAUUUCAUUAUUUAUUAAAAAUGAUUUAAGUGUGCAUAUCAUUAU